GUUGCCACCAUUAUUGUAGCAGCAAACUCCUCUCAACUAUUUAUUCCUUUGCGUUUUUCUGUCAUUUUUUUGAUAUAAUCGACGCAAGAUGCAGUACGUGAUUCAGUCGUCCUCCAUCCUCUCCGCGGCGCUGCUGCACGCGCUGAGGGACGUGCUGGGCUUGUCGGACGCCUUCAUGGAGACGGCCGCCGAGGGCCCGCACCGUGUCACGCUCAACGGCGAGACCUACAGCGGUCUCCAGUCGGUGCUGCUGGCGAUGCGCAUGCAGGCCUCCACCCCCGCGCAGAAGGCCUUCUUUGGCAACCGCGACACGGAGGAGGAAGUGGCCUUGGUGAACCAGUGGGUGAGUGCGGCGUCCAUCUUGGACGUUGACGCAGCCCGCGCCGGUCUCGACCCCACUGCCUCGGUGGCCAAGUCAGUGUACGCCGAGGUGGAGAAGAUUCUGGCGUCGACCCCAAACGGGGGCGCGCAGCACCUCACCGGCAGUCCGCGCGCGACCAUCGCCGACCUCCUCGUCUACGCGGCAGCCUUCAACCACCCGAUGCACGCGCAGGUGCUGCCGACGACGAUGGCGUGGGCCGCCCACGCGCAGGAGGACGCGUACGUAGUGCCAGUUCGCACGGCCGCCGUGUUGGUGCAGCACAAGGCAGGCAAGUCUGCCGGCGUGGCUGCGGCCGGUGACAAGGCGGAUGCGAUGUACGUGAAGCCGUCUGAGGAAGAGAUUAUGCGCCGCCGAGCGGAGAAGGAAAAGGCGAAGGCGGAGAAGGAGGCGGCGAAGGCUGCUGCGGCCGCUGCUGCGGCGAAGGGCAGCGACACUUAUUCGGCGAUUGCGGAAAACAAAAAGAAGGGCUCUGCCGGCCCCAGCACAAAAGGCAAGAAGGCCGAGCUGGACUCCACUAGCAUCUGCAUCCGAGUUGGUCAACUGACGAACCUGCGCCGCCACCCCGACGCGGAUCGCCUGUUCAUCGAGGAGAUGGUCCUCGGCGAUGAGACUCGCACCAUUGUCAGCGGCCUGGUGGAGCACUACGCGCAGGAGGACCUGGAGGGGACGUACUGCUUGGUUGUGUGCAACAUGAAACCGAAGCCGUUAAUGGGUGUCACUUCGCAGGGCAUGGUGCUGUGUGCCAAGAAGGAGGAAAAGGUGAUGUUGAUCCGUCCGCCGGCGGGCUCGAAGCCUGGCGAUCGCGUUCUGUUUGGCGCGAGCUUCGACGCUGCCGUGGCUGCCGCCCCUCCGCCGGAGCCGGUCUCGGGCAACAAGAUGAGUGAGGUGCUCUCCCACCUGCACACGAACAGCGAGGGCGUUCUUUGCUGGAAGGAAGAGCCUGCUGUGCACUCCUCUGGCGAGAAGAUCAGCAUCGCAGAGAUGCCGAACUGCCCGGUGAGCUAA